AUGUCAAGAGCACGCAGACUUACACCAUGCUCCCCCCGAGGAAUUAUCUUCAAUGCUAUCCCCAUGCCAUUUUACCAAUGGGGCAUGGACAUUCUGGGACCAUUCCCAGUCGCCGUCGGAGGGGUCAAAUGGUUGUUAGUAGCAAUUGACUACUUUUCCAAAUGGAUUGAGGCAGAAGCGUUAGCCACAAUAUCAGCCAACAAGGUUUGCCGAUUCUUCUACCGACAGAUCAUCAGUCGAUUCGGUGUUCCACACACCAUUAUAACAGAUAAUGGCACACAAUUCGUGGACAGAAAAUUCAAUCAGGUCCUUCAAGAUUUGCAUGUUAAACACCGAUAUAAGUCGGUUGAACAUCCACAAACGAACGGAUUGGCAGAAGCUGUGAAUCGAGUUCUCAAACGCGGUUUGGAAAGAAGAUUAGAAACAGCAAAAGGGGAGUGGCCUGAACAGUUAGACUUUGUGCUAUGA